CUCGUCUUUCAUCAAGAGAGCAGUUUGACUUCAAUUAACACACGGAUUUUUACAAGUAAUCUUGCAUGAUGCGCACUUUACUUUUCACGCUUGUAUGCCUUUCCACGAUCGCUUGCAUAGCAGCAGGCACUGAUUUCGUGAGAGGUCAACGUCAAGAGGGCGAUGAACUCCUCACAGACGAAAUUAUUGAAAAACCUAUAGUUUCUAAACUUCUUCCUGUGGUACACAAAGUUCAGCUUAAGGCUCCUGCAGGUAAAGUUAUCACCUGCGUUAAAAUCAGUGCUCUACAAAUCCUCAAUGUUAAGUUAGCAGUAGGCAAGAUUGGCGAAGAAAAAUUGGAGAUAAUUAUUAUUGCAAAACGUGGAGAAAAAUUAAAAUUACGCAUAGAAGCUUACGUCUGCCUGUCCUCCCAAGGUCACGACUUAUUAGGUGAUCACGGCUUAUUAGGUGGGUUAUUAGGUGGCUUAUUAGGUGACCACUCAUCUGGUCACCACUCAUCAGGUCACCACUCAUCUGGUCACCACUCAUCAGGUCAUGACAGAGAUAAAAGCAGAAAUACAUCCGAGGAUAAAAAUAGCGACGAAUCAUGCGAUAAUGAUAGAGACAACUCUUCCAAUGAUAGUACCGACAACUCAUCUGAUAAUAGUGACAAUAGAAGCGAUCGUACAACUCGUAGAAGAAGUACCACGCGCCACACUACUACCCACAACCAUAGAACCACGCGUAGAACUAUUCCUCCCAACAGUAACGAUGAUUCAUGCGACAAUGAUAGCUCUGAUGACAAUUUAUCAGAUAAUGGAAGCGGCCGUACAACUCGUAGAAGAAGCACCACGCACCACACUACUCCCAGCAGUACCACCGCGCGCACCACUACUCCCAGCAGUACCACUGCGCGCACCAUUAUUCCCAGCAGUACCACUACGCGCACCACUACUCCCAGCAGUACCACCACGCGCAUCACUACUCUCAGCAGUACCACCACGCGCAUCACUACUCCCAGCAGUACCACUGCGCGCACCACUACUGUCAGCAGUACUACUGCGCGCACCACUACUCCCAGCAGUACCACUGUGCGCACCACCAUUCCCAGCAGUACCACCACGCGCAACACUACUUACAGCAGUAGCACUGCGCGCACCACUACUCCCAGCAGUACCACUGCGCGCACCACUACUGCCAGCAGUACCACUGCGCGCACUACUACUCCCAGCAGUACCACUGCGCGCACCACUACUCCUAGCAGUACUACACCUAAAGAUGAAAACACUACCGAGUGUGAAGAUGACAACAACACUACUCCCAAUGAUAGAAGCACACGUGAUCAUAGUGGCGGAUCACUUGUUGAUGUUAAUGUUGAUGUUGGUGGAAGCGAUAGCUAACACAAAGAAACUUGGUAUUGAAGUUUCUGGAACUAUUGAUGUUUAGAUUUGAUAGUAAAUAUAAAGCAGCAGCAUACGCAAUAAAAGAAGCAGUAGCACGGUUGAUAAUGAUAUUAGUAGCACUACUCCCGACAAAGCAAGUGAUAAUUAAUAGUUCAGGCAAUGAUACAAAUAUACAGAAGCUUAAUCAUUAUUUAAAAUUUUUGUUAAUUUCUUGAUUAGAAACUUUUGCAAAAAUAUGUUAAAAUUGAAGUACGUGACGAUUAUCAAUAUAUGUAUUACUAUUGCAUGAAAUAUAUAUAUAUAUAUAUACUAUUGCAUAAAACCCGUCAUUUAGUUAGUAUAUAAUGAUGUGUAGAUUUAAAUGUAAAAUUAUGGCUAAAGAGAUAAGUAUAUGCUUUAAUUAAUUCGACACGUAUCAAACUAGAAUAUACGUUUGCUUCUUUUUAAUGAUGUAAGUGUCCAGAGAAUUCGCUGACGUGUAUCUUGUAAUUUUACAACUUUCACGAGCCGCUUAACAUCGCACCCGUAUAUUUCCCAUAAAGCGCUCUUUCGGA